GGCGCACAUUAUCCUAGGACACAGUGCUCCAAGUCCCACAAAUGGUAAUAAUCAGCAAAACCAAAGAUCGGACACGAAUUCGGCGUGUAUAGCAUUUACAUGCUUCCAAGUUUUUCAUGUUAUUGCCUCGAACCUCGAAACACUCUUAACCGCAACAACUACAAACAACGGCAAUAGCAGCAGGAGAAAACCCACGCAUCCUCUUUUCGUUGUCCAAAAAUCCCACAAAACCCCGCGCCUACUUCUUCUCCCUUAUCAAAUCCACUCGCCAAUCUCCAAUUUCUUCACUCCUUUAGAUCUUUCUUUCUCUACCAAUUCCUUGCUCUUUGUUUCUUGAUUUUCUUUGCGGCGUGUAAUGUAGUUUACAACCAGGGAGAGAUGGCGGGACAGGUGGUGAAAGUAAAGAGGGACAUAAUACAGGCAUGCAUGACUUGUCCUCUUUGUAAGAAGCUGCUAAGGGAUGCUACCACUAUAUCUUUGUGUCUCCACACGUUCUGCAGGAAAUGCAUAUAUGAAAAGCUCUCAGAUGAAGAAGUAGACUGCUGUCCUGUAUGCAAUAUUGAUCUGGGCUAUCUGCCUGUGGAGAAACUGAGGCCAGACCAUAAUAUGCAAGACAUAAGGGCCAAAAUAUUUCCUUUUAAAAGAAGAAAAAAUAAUGCCUCUGAAGUUAUGCCUUCAAUUGCAUUGCCAGCAAAAAGAAAGGAGAGAUCAUUAUCAUCGUUGGUGGUUAGCACUCCCAAAGUGCCAAUGCAAAUUGGUUUGACAGGAAGGAGAUCUAAAGCUGGUGCAAGAAAGGCUGCUGCUUUCCGAUGCAGUUUUACUGUUGAUGAAUCCAAUAGAAAAGAAGACUCUUCGGAAGAUCACCCAAUGAGCUCAAGCUCUCCUGGGUCUCCUAAUAAAAUUGUGCAAAAUAAAAGGCAGGAUUCUUCUGUUGGUGACCUUCUUAAUACACUAAGGCAUAAAGAAGAACCAGAAGAUGAUGUAGAAAUAAUAGAAGGGAAAGCUGAUUUAUGGACUCCCUUAAAUUGUCUUGUUGAAGCUGCUAACAGAAGCAAGUCCUCUAAGUCAAAUUUGCAAGGUUUGUCUCUUGCCAAAUCAGAACCACUUAGUGCACCCGGUGGCGAAUUCCAGUCACCUGUAACGAAGUCUGGAGCAGAAUCUCCCAAUGGUCAUGACAGUGAAGUAUAUAUGCCUAAAAGCAGAAAUAAGGAGCAUGGACAGGAUAUGAAAGUCCAAGAUGUUAAGAAUGGGAUAAAUUCACUUCAUGCAUCAGUCAAGCGUAGAAGAUUGACAGCACGGAAAAGGGCAGCUAUGGCUGAAGAGCUCAGUGCCUCAGCACAAGUCAUGCUCAAUGCAGCAGGUGCUAAGAGCAACAGAAGAAAUUGUCCAAUUUGGUUCUCAUUAGUUGCCUCCAAAGACCAGAAAGGAAAUGCUUCCUUGCCACAGAUAUCUGCAUGUUAUCUGAGGAUUAAGGAUGGUAAAAUGCCUGUCUCGUUCAUUCAGAAGUAUCUUGUAAAAAAACUUGAUCUGGCUAGCGAGGCUGAGGUGGAGAUAAUCUGCCGGGGACAAGCAGUACUUCCAACCUUACAAUUACACAACUUGGUGGACUUGUGGUUUCAGACAGCAUCAACGUCGAAGAAGGUACCAGCAUCGGUGGGUUCCUCAGCUAAGGACUUUGUAAUGGUACUAUCAUAUUGUCGCAAAGUUCAAGCUUCUUAAAAUAGCAAAACAUCUUUGUUCGUUGUCUUUGAUCAUUUACGUCUUGGAUUAGCCAAAUAUAUAUUGUUGGAUCUUGUGAAGCUGUAUGCUUAGUAACAUGCAUGCGAUUAUGUAUCGAUGUUAUUGGAGAGGUUCCUACUUCAUAUAUAGAAUCACUUCUUUUUUUUUU